AUGUUUCUGAUUCUGAACUGUGGGAUUUCCAAGACGGAAUUAACGGUAAAUGUGGCCGCGCAGCUCACACAUGAAAUUAUCUUUCAUGCAAAUAUGACAAGAAAGUAGGUUCUUCAACUAUAUACCCUGAGGCGAAUACAGACUUUGUGAUUAAGCAUAGCUUAAGCUGUUUGACUCACAUGUUUUCUUUAUCUAUUUGCAGCCGUUUACGCAUCAGGCGCCGCUCUACCCGCGUAUCAACUCGACGCACGAUGAUACGAAAGGCAAUAAAUGGGGACAGCAGCUCGGUGUGGUCAUUGGACAGCCAGCCACUACGACCACGCAAAAGAAUAUUGUUAAACGUCGGAGGACGAUUAUUUGAAACGUGGCAAGAUAACCUGGACAAUUAUCCGGACACACUUCUAGGGAGUCCAGAAAAGGAACUAUUUUAUGAUCGCGGUACCAAGAUGUAUGUAUUUGACAGAGAUCCGGAAAUGUUUCGGCACAUUCUCAAUUAUUACAGGUAUUACUUUCUUUUUUUUUAUAUACUAUUGUUAAUUUAUAGAGAAUAAAGGUUUGCAAAUGUACCUUGCCCCGCACAAUUAUAUUUCAAUCCCAGUAAUAUUUAGGCUUCAUGUGGAUAAAUUUUUCUUAACCAAAAGUAAGCCACAAGUUUCAUGCUAAUGAUUCCAUAUGGCAAGUCCUCCAGAUCAAUACAGCUUUAUAACGAGAAAAAAUUAUAUUGGUUUCAGUUUCAAUUGUUUUCCAUUUUUUAACUGAGCACAAAAGAAGGCUACCUUCUUUUGUAGCGUCUGCGGUGCUCAGUUUGCCGUCAACUCGAGAGAUUCUUUUUUUCUUUUUGAAAAGCGCGGAUCUAUAAGACCACAAUUAGCCACAAUUUUUAGGGUCUGUGGUUUCAGAAAUUUCCUGCGAUACUUAACAUACAGUGUUAAAAAUUUGUAUUUGCAUUUGAAAUGGAAUUUUAAAGGCUUGAAGCCCAUAAUUUGUCAUCAUUUUACGAGUCGGUUUUCCUCAGAAAACGAAAACAUUACUUAACAAUGGCACACCAGGGAAUUUCAACAUAUAUCAUCUGAUAUUCUGACAAAGAAUAUCAUAUAGCCUUAAUAAGAAUCCGAAAAAAAAUAUUUUUCGCGUUGGAACUGAAACAAUAAAUAAGCUCUGAACUAAGCUUAGUUAAAAAUCAAUUAGUACCUGGUGGUGAUGGGGACGGAAACUAAACUAAAAACAAAAACCGCACGACAACCACAUUUUCAAUUUGCUAGAAGAUGUUUUUUAUUGUUUACACUAAAAUACUUAUUAUCCCUCUUUUCCUUUCACGAUGUUGGUUCAAUCACUUUUCUGAAGAAGAUUUUAUGGCAUCUCUUCGGCUCUUCUUCGGAACUUUACUUGAGUCCGAAAGGAACUCUAUCAGUAGUUAACUUUCUUACUUCCAGGACUGAUCUGAAAGCGAAUUCUCCUAACAGGUGAACGUAUUUCUCUCUAUUGGAUGUUCGAGAGAAUUUGAAAAAGGGCAUGACAAUAUCUUCGAUGUAAUCAUAUUUUUUGUUCUCCCGUGUAUUGAAAUGAACUAUCAAUCGCUCCCGGGAGUUUAAGAAUUAAAUGAAAACAAAAGGCAAUUAUAAACCUUUUUGAAACGCACACAAGUAACAUGGCGAAACUUUGAAUAGAUGUGAAUUUAGAUUUCCAAAAGUGCAAUGAUUCUCGUGUGAAUUGUUGCCAGCUUGUUCAUUUAUUAUUCAUUUUAUCAUUACCUCAUUUAAAUAAAUGAAUGUUAAAUCGUUUGUCUCAAGAUCCAGAAUCACUACCAAUUGUCCAGUUAAGCUAGUAAUGAGGAUUGCAACUUUUCGUCGUAGCCAGGCAAUGAGAAUGAACGAUUAUGACUUCGCUGCUAUUGACUCACCCUUAUGGUAGAUUUCCACGCUCUUUUAUUUUCGAGAGCUUGAUGUUGAUCCUCUUAGGCCGAUCUAUUGCCGACUCUAAAUCGUGAGAUAAACGAUUUGAAUAUAUAUAUUCAUUAUCUAAAAAACGAUGUACAAACAUGAUUUUACAACUUACGCAGGCUUUAAGCUUUUAAAAGCCAAAUUAUCUCGAGAUACCCGUCCCAAUCACCGACACAGCUUUACAGUUUCUUAAGAAACUAACCCUCUUUACUAAUCAGAAACAAGUGCAAUUGACAGUAAUCCUCCUCAUCCUCAUUUUGUCGGUUCGCAGGAAACUUACGAUAACAAUCGUUUCUCUCCAGACUCGGUAGGUUACACUAUUCAAGUGACUACUGUGCAGACGAGUUUCGUGAUGAGCUUUCUUUCUUUCGUAUCUCUAUAAACGCCGUAUCUAAUUGUUGUUGGGACGAUUACAGGCAGCCAAGAAAAAUACGAAUCGACAAAGUGUUUAAGUUAGAGGAUCCACACGAAAAUCUAGAAGUUGAGAGAGGAUGUAAACUGAAAAAAAAGGUCUGGAACAUUUGUGACAAUCCUCACGAGUCGGUUCUUGGUAGAUCGUGGUACUAUUUCUCUGGAGUGCUGAUUGCUUUAAGUAUUGUUUGUACUGUUGCUGAGACUAUACCACCUCCUUGUGACGAGAAAUAUCUUUGUCAGAACUACACUUGUGGGAAGGAAAAUUGGAAUUUGUCAGCCAUAAAGUAUGGAAAUGUUAAGUCCUGUGAAAAAAUCGAUAAUUACUUGAAGGAAAGAGAAUUAUUGUAUUUUUCAUUGGAAAGUGUGUGUGUAGCAGUGUUUACUUUUGAGUAUUUGACGCGGUUUAUUACAGCACCAAACCGCUGGCAUUACGUAAAGGAGUUUAUGAGUGUGAUAGACUUGCUUUCAAUAUUACCAUAUUACGUUGGGCUGAUAUUGGAUUACGCGCUGGAAACAUCAGUGGACAGUCUUAGCGCCUUGGUUUUGCUGCGAGUGCUUCGUGUCUUCCGUGUUCUGAAAUUCACUCGACACUCCAGCCGACUACGAAGUUUGUUAUUUGCAAUCAGACGCUCUGCUUCUGAAUUGGGCUUCAUCCUAUUCAGCUUCUCUCUCGGAGUAACUCUGUUUUCCAGUGUCUUAUUCUACGCGGAAAAGCUCGCGGACCUCAAACCGAACAGAACAAAUCUGUUUGACAGCAUUCCAGCCUCUAUGUGGUAUUCGGUCGUCACCAUGACAACAACUGGGUAGGUUAUGUAAAAGGGUGCUGCCCUAUCAUCAAAUCCAGCUAUUUCUUUAGGUAGAGAAAUUUGUUGGAGUAUGCAGUUUGAAAAUCAAAGGUAUUCGUAGAAAGGUAUUUGUAUAGGUAAUAAGAUGAUUUCGAGUACAAUUUGGUGAUAGUAAGCACGAGUAAACUUUUCAAAGCCAAAAUUUGUGGUCUUUGAAAAAUUUACAAGUUGAUUUAAUGAUUUACUUUAAAAAAGUAUAAGAGAAAGUCAAGACAGACGUAACUUUGAAAGCGCGCGCACUCGUGAUACAACUCUGCACUUGUGUUACAACUUUGCAUUCAUGUCACAUGAAUAAUGCACUCGUUUUCAGCCAAUCAGACGUGCAUAAUUUUUUCAUGUAUAUUGCAGGGCCAAUAACAAAAUGACAGGAAUCCCUCAGAAAGGUUCUUCCUUUUGCAAUGCAAUGUAUUUCUUUGUUAAAACUCCUAGAUAUCGUAAACCAAUCGCUAACGAUGAUAAUUAGUUAAGGUAGCCGUUUCAAGGUUACAUGUAAUUCAUACUAAUAUCACUCUCUAAAACCAAGACGGGCAAAUUAAAAGUAUUUCUCCACAACAGAUAAAGUUAUAUAGUUUUCGGCAAACACCUUGUUACGACUUAUUUAACCAAUUAUAUACCAUUCAUACGUUUCAGUUAUGGAGACCUUGUUCCGAGAACAAUCAUUGGACAACUGAUUGGAAGUGUUGGCUGUAUUGUUGGCGUGUUAAUGAUCGCUUUACCUGUUCCAAUUAUUCAGAAGAAGGUGAGCCAUUUAAUAAAUGUUCAUUAUCAGUAUUGCUACGUUCUCUGCCAUGUCUCAGUUUUUGUUUGACUGUGUUUCUUUUUUACUUUCAUCACCUUUUUUCCUCAGUUUUAAUCAUAGACUUUAUCGUUUUCAAAUUUGUCUCGCUCUUUCCCGAUGUAUUGCUGCAAUGGACAUGUUGUCAAUCCCGUUUUUUGUGAUUCAGGAUAAAUGUAAUUUCUGACAUUUGAGAGACAUGGGAACGAAUUAGUCAGAAACUAAUAUUCUUAGGGCACGUUGAAGAGCCUCGCAUGGCAUCAUGGAAGUUUCGGAUUAUUUAAGCGUUUCGCGUGAAAAUGAAGUCAUUCUAGGUUGGUCACUUUUAUGUUUGACCACUCUCUUUUUCUCGUAUUGAUGUAAUUUUCGUUUUUCAAAUCCUUGUAAAAAAUAUCGCUACAUUCAUUGAUUUUUCUUUGUGAUAAGAAGUGUAACCAGGUCAGUUUACCCUUUCCUCGGGGUAUUGUGCUGCUACAUUAGAUGAGGAAUACGUUUCCACAUAUUUUUUGGUCACUUUUAAAGAGUGGUCUUUUAGCGGUUUUUCGCAUCUGGCGUAGCACAGGUUCUUUUGUACACAUGUUAGGAUCAAAUUAGGAUGCAUAUACUACAAGACUGGCCGACUCAUCCUAAAUAAACUUUUCACAUUAAAUAACUCAUCUGAGUGUAGUCAGAAUUUUGUUACCUUGAUGACAUAUGGACGUGCCCAAUUGUUAACUCUGAUGUCACAAAAGCUGAGAGCGAGAAGUAUUUGAAAAAUCGACAAGAAAAACAUAAAAAAGUAAUGUUAUAAAUCUCUGCUUUUCACAGGCAAAUUUACAACUUGGACUUUUGGAUGAAGUAGACGAGGCCAUGGAAGCAGAGCUCUGAUUGAACGUUGAUCAUUGGCAGCUGGAUCAUUCGGUAAUCACGUACUGGAUGCGUAAUGAAUAUUAAGAGAAUCAUAGAGCCUGUAACUGUGGUCUGUGAAUCCCUUCAAUCUACAGUUUGGUAUCUCUAGUCAGUUCGUAAGGUUUUUUGGAGAAAAAAAUAAUUGCCAUGUAUAUUUUGGAAAUGACAAGUGUUUCCAAGCGGUAACGUGAGAAAAAAAAAUUAAAAACACAAUUCUGAUCUAAAAGAUCAGCUUUCUAGAGAACAUUUAAUGGAUAAUUGAAUUUAGACUGAGAGCCAAACGUUAAUAGCCACUUCUUUCAGGUUAUCAUUUAUCAGUGUGAUUAUCAUCGGUUUUGAUACUGAUCAUCGCAUUUCUACAGACUUAAAAGAGAAAUAUGAUCCAGAAAUCAUAUUUUCUCAUUUUCUUCAUUAAAACUUAUGUAUAAGAAUUGAACCAAGCCACGUUUAUAGCUUCAAGAGGGAAACGCAAAGUUUUGAAAACUGUAUUCAAAUGUGCUGAUCAUGAGAGAACGACUACACCUCUGCUCCUUGAACCUUGCGGAGCAAUCUGGACGCUAACCUUUGACUCGGGAGAGUCUCGCUCCUCUAUCUACCAUGCUCUGCGAUCCGUUGGAACCACUAUCAAGAGGUGCACAAAUAGGUAUUCUUAACUCAAACAGUGACUAUCUUUAUUUUUUGUUAGUGUCCGAUAUUCGACUGACCAACUUUUUUCUGUCUCUGACACACAUGUCGUGGCUUUGCGCAUGUGACCAAUUUACUAGGUUGCUUUUAAAAUGGCGGCGUCCAUUUCAAAACAACUUUUGAAAAAAUCUCGGUAACCCAUUGUACUCUUUUACAGUGCUGCAAAGAAAAUUUUAAUCUACACCAAUGAAUAGAGGAGAUGUAACUGAUUAUAUCUUGUCUACUUUUCCUUUAAUAAUAACCAUUAAUAUGUGUGUGAC